AUGGUGAUAGAUGAUGAUGUAUUAGAUAUUUUAAAGUAUUUCGAAAUUGAUCCAAAUGUAGGUUUCUUACUUCCGAAUCCAUCAGCGAAACUUCCUGAGGAAUUCGAACCAUGGCAUCAAAUUGCUGAUGAAAUUCAAGAAUUAAUAGAAUAUAAUAUGUUAGAAGAUCGAUUACAACAACUUCCAUUGAUAAGUACGGAUAUACUUAAAACAAAUAACGAAUUACGCUUAGCCCAUCUUUUGCUGACCACUUUAGCAGCUGGACACGUUUGGCAAGAUGGAUCUGAUAAGGCUCGAUUAACCGUUCCGGCAAAUAUUUCAUUACCAUUGUUCGAUGUAUGUUAUCGUUUAGGUUUGAAACCAAUAGUUUGCCAUGCCUCAGUCUGUUUAGCUAACUGGAAACCGAUACAGGAAAUGUCAGCUUUCAAUGCUGCGAUGAUUGAUAUCAUUGCUUUCCGGUUUAUCAAACAUCCUGGUAAUCGAUGGUUUUUUACACUUACUGCUCAGAUAGAAGCUGAAUUGGCUGAAGCAAUAUGUGCAAUUACAAGUGCAUGUCUGCAUGGUAAGAUUGAAGAAUCAACAAUGCAACAUAUUUAUAAUGGGGUGACAAAAGCGACAAGUACCAUUGAGGUCCGACAUUAUACCGUAUUUAAUAGAUCGUAUUAG